GAAUGCUGCAGCAGAUAUAAGUAGAGGGCAGUGACUGAGCACAGGCACACAGUAAUAUGCCGGGAUAGAGGACAACCUCCCACCCAGCAAGGGGGCAUAAAGAAACCCUUUCUAAUCAUUAUAAUCCAAACAGUCCAGACCUGAAAAACUUUAUUUCUAAGUAACAAGUGCCAACUGGGACUUAUCGAUACUUGUGGCAGAUACAGUAGCUGGAGCGAUCUGCCUUAUAGCACAGUCAGCACCUCCCAUGAAACUGCUUGAGUCAGUGGUGCAGCUGCACACUCACUAAACAUCAUUCCUUCCCUACAGUAUAGACGUUUUCAAGGCAGCUCUUAAGCAGCUGAUCUUCCUUGCAAAGCACCUGGGCACCCCAUUGUAGAGGAGAGUUGUUCCUUGCACAGAUUUAGGUUAUAAGGAAAAACAUUUGUGUUGAACCAUGAAUAUGAAUGAGAUAGAAGAAAUGGACAACAAUGAGGAGAUCCUACAAGAAAUGAUGGACUUGACAUCAAAGACCAUGAAACACAUACAGCUGAAAGAACAUUACCGAGUCAUCAAGGAGUUGGGCAGUGGUUCUUAUGGGCAUGUUCUACUGACUGAGCAUAGAGGGCGAGGUAGAUCUAUGGCUUUAAAGUUAAUGAAAAAGAAGUCAACAAAAAAAGAUCGUUUCCUCAUGGAAUACUGCGUGUCACUCUGCCUGUCAUCGCACCCUAAUAUUAUCAGCACCUUUGCAGUUGCCUUUGAAACCAACAAAUAUUUUAUUUUUGCUCAGGAGCUAGCAACAUCGGGUGAUCUCUACUCAAUCCUUGAGCCAGGAGUUGGGCUACCUGAGACAAUCGUUAAACGCUGUGCCCUGCAGUUGUCGGAAGCUUUGGACUUUAUGCACAGUAAAGCACUGGUUCAUCGAGACAUCAAACUGGAUAAUGUUCUUCUUUUUGACAAAGAGUGUCACCUUAUAAAGCUUGCAGACUUUGGGCUUACAAGACUGGAAGGUUUUCUGGUUUCUCCGAUGUCAGGGCACCUUCCUUACUCAUCUCCAGAACUCUGCAGCUUAGAAGAUUCUGACACCCUUACACUAGAUUCUAGUUUAGAUGUAUGGGCUUUUGGAGUUCUCCUCUUCUGCAUUUCUACAGGCUACUUUCCUUGGGAUACAGCCUUAUGUACAGAUAAACAGUAUGAAGAGUUUGCCCUGUGGCAGAACAAUAGAGAAUAUAUGGAUGCUCCACUUGCUUUGAAACAGUUUACACGCCAGGCUUUAGACAUGUUCCAGAAACUACUGACCUUAAAUCCAGAUACAAGAAGACCAGCCAUUGAGGUUCAAAAAUAUCUAAAUGUUCCCUGGAAAAUAAUGAGCCUUAAAGACAACACCAACAUGCUGGACAACUCCAAAUUUUUGGAAGAUAACGUUGAUAAUUUAAACUACCACCUACAAGAUACAAAAAUGUCAACUAAAAAUUCUUCUAUGGCAUCUGAAGAAAGUCCCUCUGUAAAUAACGAUGUGUCUGGGGGGAACUGGGCAAACAACAGGCCACACUUAGAUGAACUUGAAUCAGAAAUGAAUAACAUGUCUUUGACAGACAAUAAACAACUCAGACUUUAUUAGAUGGUUACCUGAUACUGAUUUAUAAUACUAUGUACUGUGGUAUAAUAAAUAUUCUCUGUGUAUUUUUUCACAGCACUAACCAUACUUGCCAACAGUCCCUGAUUUCCAGGGACAGUCCCUGGAUUUUGUUGUAUGUCCCUGGAUUUCUUUUGUCCCUGGAAAUGUCCCUGAAAAUCUCUUUUGCACAACAUUUGUUGUUUGCAU